AUGUCACCCAUCACUCCCCCGCCCUCCCAAAGCCGCCUCUCCACCCGCAUAUCCCUCCGCUGGCCCCCGGCCCCCACCUUCGAAAACACCGACACAAUCGUCAUGUCGGUAGCAGGCUGGUACGUCGACCUGCGCGUCGAUCAAGCCACAAAGACAAUUGACUGGGCCAUUGCUGGUCAACGUGUCGUGGAUUCCAAUGACUCGACCCGCGUACAAUUUACACACGAGCUCGACUCGCGCAACUCGUUCGAUGACGUCGAUUGUGGAACUUUCUCCACGCUCCCGAACGGGGAUGAUCUUGAAAAGGGGUCCAUGCCUCGGGCGGAUCUACCCGGCAAACCUGUUUGCGAGUAUGAGGAAGUGUGGCGGGAGUUGGAGUUUAGGCGGGGCCCUGAGGGGGCAGGACGGGGUGUAUCGUGGGUCUUGGAGUCACAGAUUGGUCCUGAUCUCCAGGACGGUGAGGAGGGCGAGGUCACUCGGACGUUUCUUGGACGCGUCUGGGGGACGUAUCUCGCUCUGCGUCAGGUGCAGAAGCAUGUUCAAUCCCCAGAGUCGAAUGCUAUCAUCGUCAAAGAUGGAGAAAAGGUGAGUGCUCUUCGAGAAGAAUGGGACCCCAGUAAAAGGUGGUGCACCAAGUACAGUCUCGGUCCGAAAGCGAGCAAGCUGCCCUCGAUGAAGGAUAUUUUCGAGCCGCAGAAUUGGAAGACUGGACAGACCGUCACAAUUGCUGGAGUGGAGUAUAUUCUACGUGCCUUUGAGGGGAUUCCUGCCUGA